GUUUUAACACGAGGUCACGAGAGGCUUUCCUACCCGCAGGAAGGAAAGGAUCAUGGUGAAAACUGGGGGCGUGGGGUUUGGUAGCAUAAUAUGGGCUGACAAAUAUAUAAUGUGCGCCGUUGAGUCUUGACCACACAGACUCGAAGGCAGAAAAAACCCGGCCCCCGUACCGUAAAUAUAGUACUAGGACAGCAAAAAAGAACAAUAGAGUUGUCGGAGCACCACCUUCUCGUUCGCUCGAAUCUCUGCACAUCUAGCAGAUUGCUCUUUCCCCAGAGGAAAAGCCGCCGUCGCCGUUGCUGCUACUUCUCCGACUUCCCCUACCGCCAACUCAGUCACCGAGGCGCUGAGUGCAAUAAGUUGCGUCGAUUAGCUUUCCAUGGCCAACAUUGACAUCGAUGGCCUCCUUCGAGGCGAGGAUGGCGACGAGAGCCGCGUCCCCAGGACCAAAAUCGUCUGCACUCUGGGACCUGCUUCCAGAUCUGUCCCCAUGAUCGAGAAGCUUCUCAGGGCGGGGAUGAACGUCGCCCGCUUCAAUUUCUCCCACGGCUCUCACGAGUACCACCAGGAGACCCUGGACAAUCUCCGCAUCGCCAUGCACAAUACCAGCAUCCUUUGUGCUGUCAUGCUCGAUACCAAGGUCGCUCUCUUCCUCUCUCUCUCUCUUUGUUUGUUCCCUCUUUUACCAAUUUUGAAUCAGCUUAGUGGAAGGAACCCUAACAUUGCAGCUUUCAAUCUGCUUCUCAAUUCACACCUCCAGGGACCAGAGAUUCGAACCGGCUUCUUGAAAGAUGGGAACCCGAUCCAACUUCAGGAGGGGCAAGAAGUCACUAUCACUACUGACUACACCAUCAAGGGAGAUCCGGAGACGAUUUCCAUGAGCUAUAAGAAGCUGCCGAUGGAUGUCAAACCGGGGAACACCAUCCUGUGUUCCGAUGGCACUAUUAGUCUCUCUGUUCUGUCGUGUGAUCCCGAGGCUGGAACGGUGAGAUGCCGCUGCCAGAAUACUGCCAUGCUCGGGGAGAGGAAGAAUGUCAAUCUGCCUGGUGUUGUCGUCGAUCUCCCGACGCUCACUGAAAAGGAUAAAGAGGAUAUUCUUCAAUGGGGUGUUCCGAACGCCAUUGAUAUGAUUGCUCUCUCUUUCGUCCGUAAGGGAUCCGACCUCGUCAAUGUUCGCAAGGUCCUUGGCCCUCAUGCCAAGCACAUCAAGUUGAUGUCGAAGGUUGAGAAUCAGGAGGGUGUUAUCAACUUCGAUGACAUCCUGCGCGAAACGGAUGCUUUCAUGGUUGCUCGUGGCGAUCUCGGAAUGGAGAUCCCCGUGGAGAAGAUCUUCCUUGCUCAGAAGAUGAUGAUCUACAAGUGCAACCUCGUGGGGAAACCCGUGGUCACUGCCACCCAAAUGCUCGAGUCGAUGAUCAAGUCUCCUCGGCCAACUCGUGCAGAAGCCACCGAUGUCGCCAACGCAGUCCUCGAUGGCACCGAUUGCGUGAUGCUGAGUGGCGAGAGCGCCGCUGGUGCGUACCCCGAGCUGGCUGUGAAGACCAUGCGGAGAAUCUGCAUAGAGGCAGAGUCGUCGCUGGACUAUGGUGCCGUGUUCAAGGAGAUCAUGAGGUCGACCCCGCUUCCGAUGAGCCCACUGGAGAGCCUGGCGUCUUCCGCCGUCCGGACUGCGAACAAGGCUAGAGCGAAGCUGAUCGUGGUGCUGACACGGGGCGGGACGACAGCAACGCUGGUGGCCAAGUACAGGCCGGCAGUGCCGAUCCUGUCAGUGGUGGUGCCGGUUUUGACCACGGAUUCAUUUGACUGGGAUUGCAGCGAUGAGUCGCCGGCGAGGCACAGCCUGAUAUACAGGGGGUUGAUCCCGAUACUGGCGGAAGGGUCUGCGAGGGCCACGGAUGCUGAGUCGACGGAGGAGAUAUUGGUUGCAGCUCUGAAGAAGGCCGUGGAGAAGGGUCUGUGCAAGGUUGGAGAUGCUGUGGUGGCUCUACAUCGGAUAGGGUCGGCUUCUGUGAUCAAGAUCUGCAUGGUCAAGUAAGUAAUGACAGGUUUGAGAUGGAGCAUGAAGCAUAAUAAGGUCGCCAAUGGAAGAACAGUUUUCUUGUCGACUCGUUUGGGUAAUUUCUUGUAUUUUGUGCAGCCAGUGCCGCCUGACAAUGGUUUUAGUCCUUUCUGUGAUCGAGGGCAAGUCUGUAGACAGUAAAAAGCACUGCUUGAAGCUAAGUUAUGUAACAUGGCUCUUAAUUUGCAAGUUAUUUGUUUCUUUCGAAAGGUUGCAGUAAUGAUCAACUUUACACUAGAGUGUGGCCUAGUUAAGGCGACAUUAUCUGUAGUAUUGGCCUAGGUCUCUGAACUCCAUGUAUUAGAACGUGAAAUCACAUGUAUGUGAAACUUUUUAUGCCAAGUUUACUGAAACAAUAAAAAUGACGAUGGAAGUCUGAUCAGAA